CACAUGCGUGCUUAUAAAAGCGGAGUACAGGAGGGGAGAGCGGCUUAUUUACAGGCUGGGGAGGGAGGAGUGGCGGGUGUCUCUGCUCCGGGACGGAUAUCUGCUCAGCUCUGGACUUCGGCUCCCCCACACCGAUCACCCCCACCGAUCGCUCACCCGCACCGAUCACUCACCGGAUCUCAGGGAUGUGGCUGCCCGGGGGGCCCCGGGGAGGAUGCGCGGCUCAGCCUGUCAUUGGGCUGAGUGAGGAUGCUGAUAUGGACGUCUGAACUCUGGAAACUUUUACCCUGGAAAAAGGACCGUAAAUCUACUGGAAAUGCAAGCCCUGGAAUCAGGUCCCCCGUCCCCCCGAUAACUGCACACUUUGCAGCCACUUGUGUAUUUUUCCUCCCCAGUGGAUGCCUCCCGGUUAGUUUCCCAGGUGUUGCGCGUGGUGCCGGGGCACGGUUAGUGUGGGCAUCGGUGCCAAGUCGGGAUUUUCAGGAGGGGAAGUGAUCUGGGGCGCUGGAUGUCACAGCCGUUCCAGAAGGCAAGGAUUUAGCAACCGGAUCCCCCGACAGCUGCUCCGAGUCAUCCUAGCCGUCAGCAGCGGGACUGCCUCUGCCCAUCACAGGACAGCCCGGAGUGUCCCGGUGAACCCCCUGCCGGGGUAAUUGCAGGGCUGCUUGGUGAUCGAGCCCCGCUCUCCCCAGUAGUUUGCCCCGUCCGGGCAGCACAUUUGCCCCCCGUGUAUCCGCCUGGCUGCUGGAGGGGGGUCUGAGGAGUCGCAGUGCCCCAGCCAUGUGGGUUGAGGCUUCCCCUGUAGCCCUGCUGGCAGCUGCCUCCUUCCUGCUGGCGGUGCUGCCUGGUGCCCGUGGGAGUGGGGAGUACUGUCACGGGUGGCUGGAUGCCCAGGCGGUGUGGCGGGACGGCUUCCAGUGCCCAGAGCGCUUCGACGGGGACGAUGCGACCAUCUGCUGCGGAAGCUGCGUGCUGCGCUACUGCUGCUCCAGCGCCGAUGCCAGGCUGGACCAGGGUGUGUGUGACAACGACAGGCAGCAGGGGGCGCCCGAGCACGGCAGGCCGGACAAGGACAGCCACGACUCCGCGGCAGUUCCUAUAUAUGUGCCAUUUUUAAUUGUUGGCUCUGUAUUUGUGGCCUUCAUUAUCCUGGGGUCAUUGGUAGCUGUUUGCUGUUGCCGAUGUCUAAGGCCAAAGCAAGAACCUCAACAGAGUCGAGCACCAAGCAACCGUCUGAUGGAGACCAUUCCAAUGAUCUCAAGUGCAAGCACAUCACGUGGAUCCUCCUCCCGGCAGUCAAGCACAGCAGCCAGUUCCAGUUCUAGCGCUAAUUCUGGAGCUCGGGCACCCCCAACAAGAUCCCAAACCAACUGCUGCUUGCCAGAAGGAGCAAUGAAUAAUGUUUAUGUAAACAUGCCCACCAAUUAUUCAGUGUUGAACUGUCAGCAAGCGACUCAACUUGUUCCACAUCAAGGACAAUACUUACAUCCUCAAUUUGUAGGCUAUGCUGUACCUCAUGACUCUGUGUCCAUGACUCCCAUGCCACAGUUCCUAGAUGGACUACAAGGCGGAUACCGGCAAAUGCAGUCACCCUAUCCCCACAGUAACCCCCACAAUAACCCUCACAAUAAUCCCCACAAUAAUCCCCACAAUAACCCCCAUAAUAAUCCCCAUAAUAAUCCCCACAAUAACCCCCACAGUAAUCCCGAACAGAUGAUGUACCCAGCAGUGACUGUUUAAUUUGUGCCACCUCAAACGAUUUGGAAAUAAGAACAUUGCCAUGUCACCACGGAAUGCCACCGAUGAGCAGGAGAGUCUGCAGAACUUCUGAAAAAGCUUUGUGUUCCGUCGGACCUCUAGGCUACACAAUUGCCCGAUGACAGUUUUGUAGCGUGACUUAAAAAGUGGAAAAGGUGUGCAGAAUUGUUGAAUAAAAUAUAUUUGUUGAUACAUUGAGCCGUUAACCCACUCUGCAAAGAGUAGGUUUAGUACAUGGACGAUGAAGCAGUUAUAUAUUUGUCCUUGGAAAUGCACAUCAGGUGCAAAACCUUGAUUAUUUUUAACAUAGACAAUCAUAUAGACAAUCAAGGGUAAAUCAGUGCAAUCUUCAUAGCAUUUUUUUCUAUUAAAACCAAAUUCCAGGCCUCUUAACUUUUUUUAAUAAACAAAUUCUUCAAAUUUAGAUUUUAAGUGAAAAGGAAAAAAAAAAGUGUAUAUAAGGAAAGAGUUAAAAUACAUUUAAUUGAUGUGCCAUAGAUCAUAAGCCUCAGGUUGUAUUCAGAGGAUGAAUGUAGUGGACAGAUAAAAAAUACUGUGUAUUGUACAUUUUCUGAAUUUACACAGCUAUAAAAUGAUGCAAAAAGCAACGACAUUUGUCUUUUUUAGCCACUUUGCAAAAA